AUGGAUGUCAAUGACAUUCAUCCCAAGAAGAAGGUCUCUACUAGCAAGCUUGCAGCUAGUGUCCCUGAAGUACCUAUUGAUAACAUUUCCUUUCACUAUCCCUCCAGUGUACUCAGAUGGAAAUUUGUCUAUCAAAAAAGAGUGGCCUUAGAGAGAGAACUUACUCAGAAUGCUCUUGAGUAUGAAGAGAUUAUGAAUAUUAUCCAUGAGGCUGGUCUGAUGAAAACUGUGACUCAACUCUUUAAGUGUUAUGAAUUCCUUAUGAAGGAGUUCAUUGUGAACCUACAUGAAGACUGUGGCAAUAAGGAAACUAAAGAGUAUAUGAAAGUGUUUUCCAGGGGGAAAUGUGUUAAUUUCUCUCCCACUGUGAUCAAUAAAUUUCUGGAAAGGUCAAAUGAAGCUCAACCAGAGCUGGAAGUGUCUGAUAAUCAAAUGUGCAAAGAAAUUACUGCUGGACAAGUGAAGACAUGGCCUGUCAAAGGGAAACUGACUGUGAGCAAACUGAGUGUGAAGUAUGCUAUACUUCACAGGAUUGGAGCUGCCAACUGGCAAACUUUAAAGCAUGCUGGUAGAUAUAGUGUCAAAGGCCCCAUUGCCUUCCCUUCCCUUAUUUGUGGAAUAAUCUUAAAUCAAUUUCCCAAUAUUCUAAAUGACAAAGAUUAUGUGUGCAAAAGAGCAAGUCCUUUACUUUUUCAUCAUAAGCUUUUUCAAGGAACACAUGUUCAUGAUGUUGUCACAACAUCAGUUGGACCAUCCAAAGAGAGCAUAAUUAUGAGUAAAGCUGCCAUGAUUGCAAUGCUCAUAGAGACAUGUAAGGAGCUAGAGUCCAGAAAAUUGGCUCUUGAAAAAUUGAUCAGCUCCCUUGAAAAGAAUGAAGGAGCUAAGUCUGCAGAUAUUGAUGUGGAGGAACAAGGUGAAGAUGAUGGUGGAUGA